AUGGCGGCGGCGCUAGCUCCGGGGGUGUCCCGGAAGUUGAAGAAGGUGCUGGAGACGCGGACGGAUAACCCGGAUCUGCUGGCCUCGCUGGGCGCGCUCUCCACCUUCUACGUCCAUAACACCCCGCAGGCGCGCCGCAACCUCAAGUCCUCCAUCGAGCAGCGCGCACUCGCCAUCAACCGCCACUUCCUCGACGCCUCGCUCCCCGCCCACAAGGCGCUGGAUCGCGUCGAGGGGGAGGUGCACGCGCUGAACGACUCCUGGAAGAAGAUCGAGGAAGCAUUGAGCAGUUGCAGUGCAAGUACUGGGGACAUCAUUAGUACAACAGAGAGGUUGCAACAGGAACUAGAAGUUAUCACUCAGCGGCAAGAAAUUGUGUCAUGCUUCCUGCGGGAUUACCAACUUUCAAAUGAAGAGAUAAAUGCACUUCGGGAAGAAGAGAUAGAUGAUAAAUUCUUCAAAGCAUUGCUGCAUGUUCAAGAAAUACACUCAAACUGCAAGGUCCUGCUGCGAACACACCACCAGCGUGCUGGUUUGGAGCUUAUGGAUAUGAUGUCUGUAUACCAAGAAGGGGCUUAUGAAAGAUUAUGCAGGUGGGUUCAAGCUGAAUGUAAAAAAUUAGGUGAUACUGACAAUCCUGAAGUAAGUGAGCUUUUGAAAAUGGCUGUUCGCUGCCUGAAGGAAAGACCUGUACUGUUCAAGUAUUGUGCAGAGGAGGUUGCCAACAUGAGGCACCAUGCCUUAUUCAGGCGGUUUAUAAGUGCUCUUACUAGAGGUGGACCUGGAGGGCUCCCAAGACCAAUAGAAGUGCAUGCUCAUGAUCCUCUUCGCUAUGCAGGCGAAAUGCUCGGUUGGCUGCAUCAGGCCCUGGCAUCAGAAAGAGAGCUUAUAGUUGUCUUGCUUGAUCCUGAUGCAAUGACUGACAGCGGUCCAACUUCUCGACGUCAGUCUGGUAGAGAUGGUGAUUCCUCCAGAGGAGAACCUGAUGUAACUUUUGUGCUUGAUAGAAUAUUUGAAGGAGCAUGUCGGCCAUUUAAAGUUCGAGUUGAGCAAGUUUUGCAGUCACAGCCAAGCCUGAUAGUUUCUUUCAAACUUAGCAAUACCUUGGAAUUCUAUGGUUACACGAUAUCAGAACUGCUGGGUGAAGACACUGCACUGUGCAAUACAAUAUGGUCACUUAGAGAUGCAGCUCAGCAAACAUUCUUCAAUAUCCUGAAGAGUCGGGGAGAGAAGUUAUUGCGAUAUCCUCCACUAGUUGCAGUUGAUCUCUCUCCCCCACCAGCUGUUAGAGAAGGAAUUUCUUUGCUGCUUGAGCUCAUAGAUACCUACAAUAGCAUGAUGGUUCCUGCCUCUGGAAAAAGACCAAACUUUGACCCUGUUAUUUCUGCAUUACUGGAUCCUAUAAUUCAGAUGUGUGAGCAAGCUGCAGAGGCACAGAAGUCAAAAGGUUCACUUGGGCGGCGUGGUAGAACAAGCUCUGAUCCUAGUGGGAAUAGCAGGGAUUCUAUAUCAGUUGAUGCUAUUCUGUCUAAGAAUUUAUCUACCUCGGUUCUGAGUGCUGAAUCUUCAUCCAAAGUCUACCUCAUCAACUGCUUAUCAGCUAUUCAGGAGCCAUUGAUGGGCCAGGAGGUUGCUACAAGCUAUGUAAACAACCUGCGCUCUAUGAUUGAAACACAUAUUCGUGCCCUUGUCGAUAAAGAAGUUGACAGCAUUCUUAGGAAAUGUGGACUGUCAAAUAAGAUGCCAUACAUAAAGGAGUAUGGUAGCAAGGCUGAUGCAAAGCCUCUGGCAGAUAUUAUUGAGACGUCGCCACAAAUGCUUCUGGAAUGCUUGAAGGCAUUCUAUGGCAUUGUGACUGGAACAGAAGGUUCCUUGCCUGAAUUUGAGCAACUGCAGGUUCCAAGGUUACGUUCAGAUGCUUGCUAUGGUUUGGCAAGAGCUCUAGCAGAAUCUUAUGAGCUCAUUUACAGCGCAGUGAUGGAUCCAAAUAACAGUUAUCCUGACCCAAGGUCGUUGGUUAAGCACUCUCCUGAACAGAUAAGAACUAUACUGGAAAUCUGA